AUGUUCUCAUUGAACUCCAUAAACACCCAGAACCAGAUUCUAAUAAGUUUUAGUCAACUAUCGUCUCGAUAUUCCAACGCAUUUAGAAAUAGAAGGAGUAACAAUGUUAAGAACAAGGAUUUAAUAAGAAAAGAGGGCACAACAGCUCCAUACAACGCAUCAAUAUGUCCAGAAAGUUUUGAUGAGGCCCUGCGUCAUUUUGAUAAGAAUGUAUUAACUGAGAUGCGUAACAUUGAUCUGAGAUAUGUGACAUCUAUAGCCGGAUCCUCUAGAAAUAUAUUGAGAAAUAUAGCCGGCGUAGCAUCGUCGAAAAAAGUAUCAUUCGUAUCUACGGAUUCGUUUGAGAAAAACAAAAAUGGUUGGGUCACUACGCCUACGAUCACCGUAGACCUGCGCCACAAAAAUACUAAACUUAGUUUGACCGACAACUUUGUUGGUCUGCUUACAAAGAGCAUAAGGGAUAAUUGCUUUAAUUAUAAUGUACAAGUAAGAGGUUUUAAGACAGAGAGAGGUAUACACGCUGAUCUGAAGAGGAACCCUAAUAUUUUUAAUAGACUACGUAAGUCUUUCGGUCUUCAUGUUUCCGACACAUCUGACAACAAAGCCAACCUCGGCCCAGAUGUCGCUCCACGAUUGGAGAAGUUGCUCAAUGAAGACUCAACUAAUCUUACACACCAACAGAAGGAUAAGAUUAAAAUUGCCUUUGCUGAGGGAUAUUUGGCAGGAUCACACCCUGACAAUGCCCGAGGAACGAAGGCUUCUAAGUACUUAAAGCUAGUACAACAACUACUCACUAUAGUACUGUUUCUGGCCAUAUUUGUCAGUUUGAUGGCAUCUGUUAGCGGCACUGUUUUCCGGAUCCAGUUGGGUAACCAGGUGGAGGUGGACCCUGAAGAUAUAACGGUCACCUUCGAUGAUGUCAAAGGAGCUGACGAGGCCAAGCAGGAACUCAAGGAUGUGGUGGAAUUCCUGAAAUCUCCGGAGAAGUUUUCAUCAUUGGGCGGCAAGUUGCCCAAAGGUGUUUUAUUAGUGGGUCCGCCGGGUACAGGCAAGACGUUGUUAGCUCGAGCUGUGGCCGGUGAGGCGAGGGUGCCGUUCUUCCACGCGGCGGGACCAGAAUUCGAUGAAAUCCUCGUUGGACAGGGCGCUAGGCGUGUCAGGGAUCUAUUUAAGGCGGCCAAGGAGCGCGCACCCUGUGUUAUAUUCAUUGAUGAGAUCGACUCAGUGGGCGCCAAACGUACCAACAGCGUGUUACAUCCGUACGCCAACCAGACAAUAAACCAGCUAUUAUCGGAGAUGGAUGGGUUUCAUCAGAACGAGGGUGUGAUAGUACUAGGAGCCACUAACAGAAGAGAUGACCUGGACCAGGCGCUGCUGAGACCCGGGAGAUUUGAUGUGGAGGUGUCAGUUCCAACUCCAGACUACGGCGGUCGUCUGGAGAUACUCCGCAUGUACGUGUCUCGUGUGGCGGCCGCGCCCGGCCUCGACGUAGAGGCUCUAGCGCGAGGGACUACAGGCUUCACGGGCGCUGACCUAGAGAGUAUGGUCAACCAGGCCGCGCUGAAGGCAGCGAUCGAGGGCGCGAAGACUGUGAGCAUGUAUCACUUAGAGGAGGCUCGGGAUAAGGUGCUGAUGGGCCCGGCGAGGAGGGCGCGCCUGCCUGAUGAUGAGGCGAACGCUAUCACCGCCUGCCAUGAGGGGGGACAUGCGGUCGUCGCGUACUACACUAAGGAUUCUCACCCUCUCCACAAGGUCACUAUAAUCCCACGCGGACCUUCCCUGGGACACACAGCCUACAUACCCGCCAAAGAAAGAUACCACGUGACCAAACAACAACUCCUGGCUAUGAUGGACACCAUGAUGGGCGGGCGGGCGGCGGAGGAGCUCGUCUACGGGCCGGAUAAGAUUACAUCGGGUGCGUCAUCGGAUUUGAAGCAAGCUACUUCCAUAGCGUGUCACAUGGUCCGCGAAUGGGGCAUGAGUGAGAAAGUGGGUCUGAGGAGUGUGGACACUGGCAAGACGCUACAGCAAGAACAGUUGGGGCCCUACACCAACGAACUGGUUGAUGCUGAAAUAAAGAAAAUUCUAUCAGAGAGCUACGAGAGAGCUAAGGCUAUACUGAGGACACACGCUAAAGAACAUAAGGCUCUGUCGGAGGCUUUGUUGAAAUACGAGACCCUCGACGCUGACGACAUCAAAGCGAUCAUGUCCGGAGACAAGGUGAAGAUGGACCGAGGGAGGAGCAGCAACACUAAUAAAGAACCCUCGCCCGCCACGCUACUGCCGCACACCAUGCCCGCCUAG